GACUCCGUUAUUGUCGGAAACAAUGACCAACACAUGGAAUAUUUAAGCCGCUGGCUCAAGCCCGUUACGCGGAGCAGUUCCUCUAAAUGGAAAAAGUGUUGGCGUGCGUCUGUUGAUGGUUGGCAGAACAAAAUCUUUCAUAAGCUGUGUGACUACAAAGGGCCGACUGUACUAAUCGUAAGAGUUGACAGAAAAUAUAUAUUUGGAGGAUACACCAGUCUGUCAUGGGGUAAUUUAUUUUUGAAAAACUUUCUAAUUAGUAAUUUUUACCACAUAAAUGAUUUACCGUGGGCUAAACGCAUGGGCCUGUCGACAAGACCAGAUUGUGGCAGGUACAAACCCAGGUCACAAGUGCAGGUCACUGCCCUAUUGAUAAAUAAAUAACAAGAGCCAUAAUGGCUCUUGAUAAAUAACCGAGAUAGGCAGUUUCCCCUUAAGCCAAAACUCCAUUUCGGAUUGUGAUCAGGACUAGGAGGCACUUUUAGUGUUGUUUACUUACCGUUCAUGGUGAAUUGUACCCUCUAUUUUUCUCGCUUCCUCCCAAACCGCCCCCUGCCCCCUAAGUAGUUUUGACACUCACGCAAGAUGGCAGCCCGAAACGCAAAGCGCUCGAUCUCGACGAUCUUACGGAAGAAUAGAGGACUGUGAACAGUCUACUGCACUUGUGACCUGAGACCUGCGUUUUGUACCUACCGCAAGGAUGGAAGGUAGCCAUAGUGCUAGGAUUGCCCUGGCAAGAACGAAAAAGUCAACACUGGUUUACAAGUAAUUUGAUUUUUUGAUUAACUUCUAUCAUCAACCUUUUAUGCUUUAUGGAAGCAUAUGCAAGAAAUUUGCAGCUUUUUUUCUAGCGAGGAGACAUUUCUGGCGAGAAAUUCCAGUGGGGUUAUGGGAGAGGCCAUCUUGAAGUUGUGCCCAUUUAUUUAUUAAGUUAAUAUUCUCACAUCUUUUAUUGCCUAAAGUUAAGAAAGCUUGAUAAACAAGUAACUGAUCCUGGGAGAGUGUUACAAACUUUGGGAACGUGGUGGAGAAUGCGAUAUGAUGCGAUCGAUAACUGCUAGUUGUCCUAGUGUUGUGAUUAAUACACCUGAUUAGGCUGUUACGAACAUUAGCUAGUACGUUUUGUUUUCCCAUUUCAGAUCACUUGAUGGUACCUUAGCGAGCAUAUGCAAGCAUAAUUUAUCCAAAGACAAAAGGCCAUUUCCCUGGCAAACAUCACGUGGUCUGAAUUGGGAAAACAAAACAUACAAGCUAAAAAGGUCUAUUGAGAACUGUGGGGGCAACAAAUGAUGAUAAAAAAUAGAUUUGGCUUUUAUGAGUGAAGAGAGUAAGAGAGUUUAAUGCUAAAGCGUUUGCAAAUGUUGACUAAAACGCUAACAGCACCAUAGCCUACACCACAGGUAGCCCAAGCUCGAAAUAUGAGCGUCGGCGAACAUCGACAAUGUUGCGUAACAUUCGAAAUAUAAGGAUUUGUAUGGGAAAAAAACCUAUCGUUUCUGUAACCUACGAAAAUGAAAGGAUUUCAAUAAAAAACAGCUUUCCUUACUUAAAAUGUCUGUUACGUCUCUCCUGUGUGGUCCACGGGCCGAUUUAUGGCCGUUUUAUGUUUUUUUUUUAUGUAAACGGUUUUCUCUCUGUAAACCUUUACCGUUACGCAACAAUGCCGAUGUUCAUCGAUGCUCAUAUUUCGAGCUUGGGCUACCUGUGCGUACACCGAGUCAUCCCCAGCGUUUUUCCUUGCAAAUAGAGAGGAGAGGUGUGACCUGACGUUACCCUAGUAGCAAAAUAUUUCGAUCUCAACAAUCUUUCUUGACAGAGAAGGCCAUUUGCAUUGUCGAACAACGGAAGAAAAGUUUGAGCUACCGUUUUGUUCUUGAGUGCAAACACGCACAGUAGCAACCAAAGCAUAUCCAGCACGACUCGUGCAUUUUUUUAAGAGGUUUUGUUUUAGAAUGAGGGAGUCUAUUCUACACUAACUUAACAAUAGGCCCUUUGCAGCUAGCGAUUCACGUGGUACAAAACAGCCGUGCUGAAGAGCAAAAGUCUCACCGAGACAAGACAAAAGAAAAGGCACUAGAUGAAAAAAUGGAUUUGCAUAAAUUUGCUCCAUGCAGAUGUCGCAAAAAUGUAAAAACUGAGGAGUAAAUAUGGGGCAGAGAGGGUAAAUGCCACAAUUGCAUACCAAAUAACAGGAGGUGUAAAUAAACUAGGCAAAUGUGGCAUUUACGAUCUUUGCCUUAGAUUUACCCCUCAGUUUCCACAAUUUUGCGACAUAUUUGCAGGGAGCAAAUUUUUGUAUUGAAUCUCUUAGGUGAUGAUGCCCGGUAUCUCGCCGACCCCAAAGCGUUCCUGUUUUCACUGGUAAACAAGCCAGGAUGGGCACCAGUCAAACUGCCACAGAGAAAGGACCCUAGUGUUACAGGUGGUGCUGUAGUACAUGUCCUAACGAAUGGACCUACCUUCGGGUAUGGAUAUGACCUUUAUGUUGACGGGUACCGUCAUGAGCUAGGGUAUAAGGAUUCGUACACAAAGCCUGGCAAAACAUACACUCCACCAAACGGGCAUAGCUAUGGUAGUACGUUUGCGAAAACAUUCCUGCACGGAGGAAGUGACAUGUUUUUCAUUCCUGACGAAGUAGAAAUGUUUUAUGAAACGACCUAA